GGUGUGGCGGGGCGCAUGCACCUCAGGGUGCGCGCCAGCAGGUGGGCCCCCGGGGCCUGCUCGGGCCCCACCCAGCCCUGCCGGGACCCAGGGCGCCUCCUGGGCGGGGAGGCGGGAGGCGGGAGGCGGGGAGGCUGGGGGUGGAGCACACCUCCACCCCAGAUCGGCUGCUCCCCACUUCCUGCAGCGACGCCUCGGCUGGCCAUGCCGCCCUACACCAUCGUCUACUUCCCCGCGCGAGGGGAAUGGCGCAGCAGUAACACGGAGUUGAAGGGGAGAGGCCUGGGUUUGAUCCCUGGCCCCAACACUAGCCAAGCUGAACAGCCAAGGCGCUGUGAGGCCAUACGCAUGCUGCUGGCAGACCAGGGUCAGAGCUGGCAGGAGGAGGUGGUGACCAAGGAGGCCUGGCGGCAGGGUCCACUCAAAGCCACCUGUCUGUAUGGGCAGCUCCCCAAGUUCCAGGACGGAGACCUCACCCUGUACCAGUCCAAUGCCAUCCUGAGACACCUGGGCCGCACCCUGGGGCUCUACGGCAGAGAUCCGCGGGAGGCCGCGAGGGUGGACAUGGCCAACGACGGCGUGGAGGACCUUCGCAGGCACUGCAGCCACCUGAUCCACCACAACUAUGAGCAGGGCAAGGCCCGCUACCUCCAGGAGCUGCCCGGGCACCUGAAGCCAUUUGAGACCCUGCUGGCCCAGAACCAGGGCGGGCAGGCUUUCCUUGUGGGCGACCAGAUCUCCUUUGCUGACUACAACCUGCUGGACCUGCUACUGGCUCACCAGGCCCUGGCCCCCGGCUGCCUGGGCGCCUUCCCCCUGCUCUCGGCCUACGUGGAGCGGCUCAGUGCCCAGCCCAACAUCAAGGCCUUCCUGGCCUCCCCUGAGCACCUCAACAGGCCCAUCUUUGGAGGCCACAAGAUAGGAACCCAGGAGAGUGGGUCCACCAUUGGGAAUAGUCAAUAAAUACAGUGGAGAGAA